GCGCAUUGUGAUUAUUUUUGUGGCGAAAUACUUUGUCUUCUAUUGCGGCUAUAAUUUAUAAACGUUGUUGUUCUGAAAAUGUUAGAUAAAGUAAAACAUGUUAUAUUGGUUUUAUCUGGGAAAGGCGGUGUUGGUAAAUCCACAGUUAGUACACAAUUGGCACUAGCAUUGCGAGAAUUAGGAUUUAAGGUGGGUCUUCUGGACAUUGACUUAUGUGGCCCAAGUGUGCCAUACUUGCUUGGCUUAGAACAGAGCGAUGUUUACCAAUGUGAUGAAGGUUGGGUGCCCAUCUACACAGACGAAGAUAAAACUCUUGCUGUUAUGUCUAUCGGAUUUCUGUUGAAGAAUCGUAAUGAUCCGGUGAUUUGGCGUGGUCCCAAAAAAACAAUGAUGAUACGUCAAUUUUUAACCGACGUAAAAUGGGAUGAAUUGGAUUACUUGAUUAUAGAUACGCCACCAGGCACUUCGGAUGAACACAUAACAGUGAUGGAAUGUAUGCGUGAUGUGAAGUGCGAAGGCGCAAUUAUGGUUACCACCCCACAAGGGGUAGCAUUGGAUGAUGUGCGUAAAGAACUGACAUUUUGUAGAAAAACAGGGGUGCAUGUACUGGGUAUUGUGGAAAAUAUGAGUGGGUUUAUAUGUCCACAUUGCAGCAAAUGCACCAAUAUAUUUUCGUCAGACGGGGGCGUUGAAUUAGCUAAAAGAGCUGGUGUGCCGCACUUAGGCACAUUACCCAUUGAUCCGCGUUUAAACGUAUUAGUUGGUACAACUCGUUCCGUUCUAACUGAAUUGCCGGAUUCAAACACAGCAAACAUAUUCAAGUCAAUAGCUAAACAAAUUACAACCAUCGGUUCAUCUUAAGAAAUAUUACUGUAAUAUAGUGCUUUAUGAAACAUGUACAUAAAUUUAAAAGUAA